AUGACGUCGAUAAAGCCUUUCCAAUUGGAAGAUUUAUUCAACAUCAACCAAGUCAACCUAGAUCCAUUGACUGAAAAUUUUAAUAUAUCAUUCUACUCACAAUAUUUGAAUACAUGGCCUAAUCUUUUUUACAAAUCAACAGAAUCGACAAAUAACGAAGAAGAAGUAAUAAGUGGGUAUAUGAUGGCUAAAACGGAAGGUAGUUUGUCCAAAAAUGAAUUACAUACUCAUAUAACAGCUGUUACAAUAAAUCAAAAUUAUAGAAGAAUAAAUUUAGCAUCAAAAUUAUGUUUACAAUUAGAAAAAAUAUCAGAAGUUCAACAAACGUUAUUUAUAGAUUUAUUUGUUAAAGUCACCAAUGAAUUAGGAAGAAAAUUAUAUGAAAAAUUAGGUUAUAGUAUUUAUCGAAGAGUUAUAGGAUAUUAUGGAAAAACAAUGCCUGAUGAUAGAAAUAAACUAGAUAAUGAUAUUGAUGCAUUUGAUAUGAGAAAAAGCUUGCAAUUGGAUAAAAAUAAGUCAACUAUUAGAGAAAAUGGUGAUAAAGUUUAUGUGUUACCUACAGAGAUAUUUUUUUAA